ACACCCCAUGUUGUACACACUCUCAUAUUUGAUACAACCCCUAACGUUUUACUGGCACUGUCUGCAAGUAUGCUUUACUCCUGAGCCCAGAUCAGAUAUACAGUCCUGUGACUUACUGAAGCUACAUUGUUUGUGCUGCCGGUGCUGCAGAUGUCCACCUACAAACUCUUUCUGCUGAGGCAUGGGGAGGGGGCCUGGAACAAAGAAAACCGUUUCUGCAGCUGGGUUGACCAGAAGCUGAGCGAGGAUGGGGUGAAGGAGGCCCAGGACUGUGGCAGGCUUCUGAAGGAGCAGGGCUACAAGUUUGACAUGGUGUUCACCUCCAUACUCAGCCGCUCCGUCCAGACUGCCUGGCUGGUGCUGGAGGCCAUGGGCCAGGAGUGGGUAUCUGUGGUGAAAUCAUGGAGACUCAACGAGCGACACUAUGGUGCCCUGAUCGGCUUGAACCGGACAGAAAUGGCUCGUGAACAUGGAGACGAAAAGGUGAAGUUGUGGAGAAGGAGCUAUGAUGUCACUCCACCUCCGAUUGACGAAUCCCACCCUUACUUUCUGGAGAUCUACAAUGAUCGUAGAUACGACACUUGCGAUGUGCCGAAGGAGAAGCUUCCCCGUGCAGAGAGCCUAAAAGAGGUGUUGGUCAGACUGCUGCCAUACUGGGACAGUACUGUGGUGCCAGAGAUAAAGAAAGGCAAAACUGUGCUCAUCGCCGCUCAUGGAAACAGCUGCAGGGCCUUGCUGAAAUACCUGGAAGGUGUAUCAGACGCAGAUAUAGCCAACGUGACUCUACCCACAGGGAUACCCGUACUGCUUGAGCUGGAUGAAAACCUCAAGCCUGUGAAGCCUCGGCAGCUGUUGGGAGACCAGGCAAAGAUUCAGGCAGCUAUUAAAAAGGUAGAGGACCAGGGAAAAGCCAAACCAUCAAAUUGACAUAGCUCUUUUCUUGCUGCCUUUGUGCACUAUAAAUUUAUAGGUACAGAAAAAACCUAAACAAAAAGAGACUCAAAAAUCAUUUCAUAACAUGAGACAACAACAACAACAGAUUGUUGUUUAAUGUGAUUUAAAGGACAGGUGUAAGUCUUACAGUGAAGUUACUGUAUAUGUUACAGCGGCCUGACCUGGAUACAGGAUGUGUGUGUCACAGGCUGGUACGAUAGGGACAGGAAAAAGAUCAGCGGUGUACUGUAAAUGUUUCAGCACUGUGUGGAAUUGUUUUUUGUGUAAGCACUGAGGAAGCGUUUGAUUUGUAUCAGUUUUUAAGCUAUUCAUCCCUACUUUUUGCCUGCAUGGUGAACCGACUGAGGUUAUUUAUUUAUUUACUAAUUAAUCUAUUUUAACUAAGACUAAAAAACAAAAGUGAAAUAUGUCAUAUUCAGAUGGGACAAACAAAAUCUGUCCUUUCUAAAGUAUUUUUUCUGUUACGCUGAUCAGCUUUAGGAACAUCCCCUUUCAUUUUAAAUGUGUGCCUUCAGUAUUUAAUGUAGUGCUCAAACCCAGCUUCUUUUUGAAAGCUUAUCAAGCUGGUCUUUUGUGGGGAUUUUAUUUAAUAAUGAAAGCACUCCUCUAACAAAUCAUACCUCAUAGAAAUUGAUAGCCAGGCUGUUCAUUCCAAGAGUGAGCUAAUUGUAAGCCACAGAAAUGCUGUAAAUAUGCAAAACAUCUGAAAUCUACUUUACCACAUGAGUUACAUAUAUUUUUAAAUGGCGUACUCAGAAAGAUGUUGUUUUUUCUGUGAGGUUUAUACAUUAGAUUAACACUGUGGCUAAGAACCAUAGCUACAUUGGUAUGGUUACUGGUUUAUACUUUGCACUUUUUGGGGAAAUAUGAGGAUUUAUUCCCUUGUUAAUUAAAUGCAACAACUGUGAAUGGUAAAUACCAUUAUUUUGAAUAAAGAUAAUUAGAAUAUAUGGGGUAAAAACAAGCACUCUUUGGGGUCUCAUUUUAAAUUCAAAAUUUUUAUAAUCCAUGUGAAGUUAUUUUCUGUUUAUGUUAAUAUGUUAAUAACAUGAGGGAAAUGUUACAGACUGCUCUUGUGUAUGCCUGCAGCCGCCCAAUCUUUGUCAAUAUUUGUCAGUUUUUGUGACAGCUGUACUGUAGUGGCGUU